AUGGACGGAGAGAUCGUCCUGCCCUCGAACGAGAUUGUCACAUCAAAGUGUGCCAUCAGCUACGCCUGGAACAUUCCCCUCAUGGCAGAAAGGGUGGGCCUCAGUGAGCAAGAGCUGCGGGAGGCACUGCACAAGUUCUCCCAUGACAGCCGGCUGCUGGACCCCAAGGUGAAGACCUACCUUCCAGCUGUCGGUGGACUCACAAUCUACACCUUUGGUGAUGCACGGAAGCUCAAGGAUGAGAAGACCGAAGUGUGCGUGCGCGUGCACGACGAGUGCAUCGGCUCGGAUGUUUUCGGAAGCGACAUCUGCAGCUGCCGGCCAUACCUGAUUUUUGCUCUACGCGAAGCCGUCGAGUGUGCCCAGAGGGGUGGGGUUGGUGUGGUGAUCUACUUCAGGAAGGAGGGUCGCAGCCUUGGUGAGGUGAUCAAGUUCAGAGUGUACAAUGCCCGUGUGAAUCAAGACGGCGGCGAUCGCCCGGAGAUGUACUUCCACCACACCGAAGCCAUAGCCGGCAUCCGGGACGCGCGCUUCCAGACCAUGAUGCCAGAUGCCCUGAAUUGGAUGGGAAUCCGACGCAUCGAUCUUCUCUGCUCGAUGAGCAAUGAAAAGUAUGAGGCAAUCACUGGCGCUGGCAUCCAGGUGGUGAAGCGUGUGGAUCUUCCCGAUACCUACAUCAAAGACAGCAUGAAGGUUGAGCUUGAUGCCAAGAUUGCCAGUGGAUAUCACUCUGAUAGAACAGAGCAGGAGCAGCUGCUACGUGCAGCAGUUUCGUCGGUCGGAAGACUGGCCAGCUUGCCGCUUUUUGCCGUGGGUGGAUACGCUUACUUGAAGUGGUCUGCCCGGGCAAUUUCACUUUCCGUUUUGCAUAUGUUGGAGCAAGGGCUCUUUCACAAACAGACCUUCCGAAAGCAUGGUCUCUACUCGGUGCAAAAGGCCGAAAGUAAUGAGUACGUACUUGAAGGAUCAUAG